GACGUCACGGGGCCGGGUUCCCAGGAUUGCUGCGGGAGUCGGAGGCUGCAGGGCGGGGAGAGUGUGGCCCAGGCUGCCGGAGCGGACACCUAUCAUUUGGAGACACCCGGCACGGCUGUGUUUGGGACGUGCGCGUCCUUUUCCUUCUUUCUUCCUGGGAUACAUUAAACAACAACACAAUUGCCUUUAAACAAGUCCCGGGAGUUCACGCACAAACGAGAGCCCUCCGAGCGGUGCGAUGGAGGAUGGGAAGCCGGUGUGGGCGCCCCACUCAACGGACGGGUUCCAGUUGGGAACUAUAGUGGACAUCGGCGCCGACAGCCUCUCCAUCGAACCUCUCAAACAGAAGGGAAAGACGUUUCUGGCGGCUGUAAACCAGGUGUUCCCUGCAGAGGACGACGUCAACAAACAUGUGGAGGACAACUGUUCUUUGAUGUACUUGAAUGAAGCCACUCUGCUCAACAACGUGCGCGUGAGAUACAGCAAAGAGAAGAUUUAUGUGAACGUUGUAGCCAACAUCCUGAUUGCAGUGAACCCGUACUAUGACAUCCCAAAGCUUUACUCGGAAGGCACCAUCAAGCAGUACCGAGGCCGCUCGCUGGGCACGCUGCCGCCGCACGUCUACGCCAUCGCUGACAAGGCGUACAGAGACAUGAGGGUCCUGAAGAUGAGUCAGUCCAUCAUCGUCUCAGGGGAGUCCGGGGCCGGGAAGACCGAAAACACCAAGUUUGUGCUCAAAUACUUGACCUCCUCGUAUGGAACCGGGCAGGACAUCGACGAGAGAAUCGUGGAAGCCAACCCGCUGCUGGAGGCUUUCGGAAACGCGAAAACUGUCCGGAACAACAACAGCAGCCGCUUCGGAAAGUUUGUGGAGAUCCACUUCAAUGAGAAGAAUACGGUUGUGGGCGGCUUCGUGUCGCACUACCUGCUGGAGAAGUCGAGGAUCUGCAGGCAAAGCAAAGAGGAGAGAAACUACCACAUCUUCUACCGGCUGUGUGCCGGAGCCUCCGAGGACAUCAGGCAGAAGUUCCACCUCAGCUCCCCGGACACGUUCAGGUAUCUGAACAGAGGAUGCACUCGCUUCUUCGCCUCCAAAGAAACAGACAAACAGAUCCUGCAGAAUCGCAAGAGCGCAGAGCACACGAAGUCGGGCCCUCUGAAGGACCCGCUGCUGGACGACCAGGGCGACUUCAACAGGAUGUCCGUGGCGAUGAAGAAGAUCGGCCUGGACGACACGGAGAAGCUGGACCUGUUCAGGGUGGUGGCCGGCGUGCUGCACCUCGGCAACAUCGACUUUGAGGAGGCUGGAAGCACAUCAGGUGGCUGCACCAUCAAGAACCAGUCGAGUCAGACGCUGGAGCACUGUGCCGAGCUGCUGGGCCUGGAGGAGGAGGACCUGCGAGUCAGCCUCACCUCCAGGGUCAUGCUCACCACAGCAGGGGGCGCCAAAGGAACGGUGAUCAAAGUGCCUCUCAAAGUGGAGCAGGCCAACAACGCCCGAGACGCUCUGGCGAAGGCCGUGUACAGCCGCCUGUUCGACCACGUGGUGACCAGAGCCAACCAGUGCUUCCCCUUCGAAUCCUCCGCCAACUUCAUCGGCGUCCUGGACAUCGCUGGCUUCGAGUACUUCGAACACAACAGCUUCGAGCAGUUCUGCAUCAACUACUGUAACGAGAAACUGCAGCAGUUCUUCAACGAGCGCAUCCUGAAGGAGGAGCAAGAGCUGUACCAGAAGGAGGGUCUCGGAGUCAAUGAGGUUCACUAUGUCGACAAUCAGGACUGCAUAGACCUGGUGGAGGCGAAGAUGGUCGGCAUCCUGGACAUCCUGGACGAAGAGAACCGACUACCUCAACCCAGCGACCUGCACUUUACCGACACCGUGCACAACAAACACAAGGACCACUUCCGCCUCACCGUACCCAGGAAGUCUAAGCUGGCAGUCCACAGGAACGUGAGGGAUGAUGAAGGAUUUAUUAUCAGACACUUUGCAGGAGCCGUGUGCUACGAGACGACCAAGUUUGUGGAGAAGAACAACGACGCACUGCACAUGUCUCUGGAGGUUCUGGUCAGUGAGUCCAAGGACCGCUUCGUCCGCGAACUCUUCGAAAACUCCAACAACAGCAAAGACGUGAAGCAGAAGGCGGGAAAACUCAGCUUCAUCAGCGUCGGCAACAAGUUCAGGACUCAGCUGAACAUCCUCCUGGAGAAGCUGCGCAGCACGGGCUCCAGUUUCAUCCGCUGCAUUAAACCAAACCUGAAGAUGAUCAGCCACCAGUUUGAAGGAGCUCAGAUUCUCUCCCAGCUGCAGUGCUCCGGUAUGGUGUCAGUGCUGGACCUGAUGCAGGGCGGCUUCCCCUCCAGGGCUCCCUUCCACGAACUCUACAACAUGUACCAGCAGUACAUGCCUCCCAAACUCACCCGCCUCGACCCGCGCCUCUUCUGCAAGGCUUUGUUCAAGGCUCUGGGGCUGAAUGAGAAUGACUACAAGUUCGGCCUUACCAGAGUGUUCUUCCGGCCGGGGAAGUUUGCAGAGUUUGACCAGAUCAUGAAGUCGGACCCGGACCACCUGGCAGAGCUGGUGAAGAAGGUCAAUACGUGGCUCAUCCACAGCCGCUGGAAGAAGGUGCAGUGGUGCUCGCUGUCCGUCAUCAAACUGAAGAACAAGAUUCUGUACCGGACCAGCGCCUGUAUCCAGAUGCAGAAGACGGUUCGGAUGUGGCUCUGUAGGAGGAAGCACAAGCCUCGGAUCAACGGGUUGGUGAAGGUGCGGAACCUGAAGAAGAGGAUGGACCGCUUCAGCGAGGUGAUCGCCGGGCUGAAGGAGGGCAAGCAGGAGAUGAGCAAGCAGAUCCAGGAGCUGGAGAGCGCCAUCGACUGCCUGAUGGUCAAAAUCAAGAGCACCAUCAUGACCCGCAUCGAUAUCGACCACGAGUACCAGGCGCUGGUGACCCGGUCGGAGCAGCUGCUGACCGCCAUGCAGAACAAGAAGAAGGAGGAGGAGGAGCGCGAGCGGCUCCGACGCAUCGAGGAGGAGAUGGAGCGGGAGAAGAAGAGGAGGGAGGAGGAGGAGCAGCACCGCAAGCAGGAUGAGGACGACAGGCGCCUGAAAUCUGAGAUGGAGGUGAAGAGGAAGCAGGAAGAGGAGGAGAGGAAGAGGAGGGAGGAGGAGGAGCGGAGGAUGCAGGCGGAAAUGGAGCUGCAGCUGCAGGCCGAGCGGGAGGAGGACGCGUCUCGACAGACGGUCCUGGAGCAGGAGAGGAGGGACAGGGAGCUGGCGCUGAGGAUCGCUCAGAGCGAGUCGGAGCUCAUCCCCGAGGAGGUGCAGAACGACGGCGGCCUGCGCAGCUCUGCUGGAACCACAAUACUCAAGAGCCUCACCAUGGAGGAAAUGGCGAAGGAAAUGACGGAACUGCUGGCGAGAGGUCCACAGGUCCAGGCCUCCAAGGCUGCUGCCGGGGCCAAGAAGUACGAGCUGAGCAAGUGGAAGUACGCUGAGCUGCGGGACGCCAUCAACACCUCAUGUGACAUCGAGCUGCUGGCCGCCUGCAGGGAGGAGUUCCACCGCCGGCUGAAGGUUUACCACGCCUGGAAGUCAAAGAACAAGAAGAGAAACACGGAGACGGAGCAGCGAGCACCGAAGUCUGUCACUGACUACGCAGGUGGCGUGAAGGCGUUUGUUGCCCAGCAGAACCCGGGCCCGCCAAUCCCGGCCCGGCAGUACGAGGUGGCGAUGAACCGGCAGCAGCGCUACUUCCGUAUCCCGUUCAUCCGGCCGGGCGACCAGUACAAAGACCCGCAGAACAAGAAGAAGGGCUGGUGGUACGCUCACUUCGACGGGCCCUGGAUCGCCCGGCAGAUGGAGCUGCACCCCGACAAACAUCCCAUCGUGCUGGUGGCCGGAAAGGACGACAUGGAGAUGUGCGAGCUGAGUCUGGAGGAGACGGGCCUGUCGAGGAAGAGGGGGGCCGAGAUCCUCCCCCGGCAGUUCGAGGAGAUCUGGGAGCGCUGCGGCGGCGUCACGUACCUGCGCAGCGCCAUCGAGAGCCGGCAGGCGCGCCCCACCUAUGCCACCGCCAUGCUGCAGAGCAUGUUCAAGUAGACGUGCCGGCGGCUUCUCUGCAAACAAAGGGACAAAUGCACCAGCUACCUAACACACAGGCGUCAGAGCGCACUGCUCCAGGUUCUGACUGCAUUCACGUGAAACGUUUCUCUCAGCUGUCCUUCUGUUUCUCUGCUCGUUUGUUUUCUUCUUGCUGUUUUUCAGAUCCUCGCAGGAGGGAGGGGGGGGGGGGACGGGGGACGUUUUGCAUUGAACCCUAUGCAGAAAAAUCAUUCUAAAUUAUCACAUCUGGUAGUUUUACAAGGAAUUGUGUUCUCUGCAAGUCUUAACUACGAGGCCUUAAUACUACAACAGGGUUUAAAUGCCACAAGUAGGACUUUUUCUUUUCUUCAACGCUGCCUCCCCAAAACCAAACUUAAUUCCUCUGUAAUGAUUCCUGAUUAUUACACUGCAGUGUCGCUUCCAUCCUAACAGCUCGCUGACCCUCAGACCUUAAAGCUGCUGUUUACAUAGUCUCCUCCUGGUUCACAGACAAACUCUUGCACAAGUAGCCGUCAGCGAGGCAGAGCUGCACGAGCCGCUGCACGUGCCGCUGCACGUGCCGCUGCACGUGGCGCGAGCCGCUGCACGUGGCGCGAGCCGCUGCACGUGGCGCGAGCCGCUGCAGCUGCACGUGGCGCGAGCCGCUGCACGUGGCGCGAGCCGCUGCACGUGGCGCGAGCCGCUGCACGUGGCGCGAGCCGCUGCACGAGCCGCUGCACGUGGCGCGAGCCGCUGCACGUGGCGCGAGCCGCUGCACGUGGCGCGAGCCGCUGCACGUGGCACGAGCCGCUGCACGUGGCACGAGCCGCUGCACGUGGCACGAGCCGCUGCAUCACAAUUAAGUCAAUAAUUGCUAAUCCUUUUUCAUUUUACCUUUUUGUCUUUCCAACCGAAUGUAACUGGAGACCUCGUUGAUUUGUUCAUGUCGUGAUUCCUCUGUUCUCCUCACUGUGUGAUUUAAUGUAAAACUAAUGAGAGAAAAGUGCAAAAAACGUUCGACUUUGAGACCGAACAUCACUCGAAACUUUAAACGCUCGUCGGGGUUUUACUUUUUGGCCAGAGCAGUAAUUCAGCUCUGUGAUUAUGAUUUGUGUGUCUGCGUUUAUUAAGAAAAGCAGAAAAUGUGAAAUAAUUAUGCAACUGCUCCCGUCUGAGAGCAGAUCUGAGGAUAAAAACAUCUUUGAAUGAGGAAACUAUUUGCCAAAGCAGUGAUUCCCAGUUCAGUCUCACUGACAUCCUGCAAAACCACUUCAUAUAUUUGUUCAAAAAUCUAAUUUGAUUCCAAAAAUGUAAAACAAUAAAUCUCAUGUUGGAUGUUCUGCUGUGAGAAGCUGUACGCGCUCUGGAACGUGCUCUCUCUCCAGCAGGUGCAGUGUCACAACUGAAAGGGGAAAGUUUAUUUUUGAAACCGUUUCUACUUCACUCGCACGAGAAGCAAUAAAUCACGCAAACCAAGCGAAGAGGAAGAAACUAAACGAGCCUCCUUUGACGGGUACCGAUGUAAAGACAAUCCGCUGCUGCGAUGUUCCACCUUCUUCCACCUGAGGUUGCCAGGUUUGUUCCUGACCUUUCUAUUCCUUCUUGACGCUCUUCUCUGCGCAACACGGUGACGACGUAGAUUUGUUUGAAAGCAUGAAGACCGUUACAAAGUAGCUUAUCCCCUUUUACACGAGGCAUCAACAUGCAGGAGAGAAGAUGUCCAGGACACGAGACCCUUAAACAUCGAGUGACUCUCAACUCCGUCACUUUAGAAACGACCCAGGUGUAAGUGAACGCACCAUCCAGGCGAUGUUCCAGGACUUCACCUGGUAAAUCUGAUUUACGUUUUGCUGUUUCCUGCGAGGAAACACUUAGUUCAGCUUCAGACAGAUCUUCAAAGGUUUGAAUCUUAAAGCUAAAAAACAAACAGAUUUAAAAUGUGAAGAGUUGUUUGUGUGAAAGCGUGUUAAUGCCGAGUGUAACGGGGUCAGGUUACCACCUUGAAAUAUUCCAUUAUUAAAUGUACAAGAUGUCCUGCACCUGCUCCACACAUUACAAUCAUUCCUGGGGAAGCACUGCCUUUGUCCACUGUCACUUUUCUAACGCUGAUCUCUAACAGAUGAAUAAAAACAUUCCAUGUGUCACUCAG